AUUAAACCAAAUUGUCUUUGUGUGUGUUUCGUGUUGUCUUUGUCGGUUCUUUCUUUGCAAGGGUUUCGUGUUGUGUUAUGCUAGUAUGCGAAACCAGUAGAAUAACACAUAAUGCUGCAAUUUGUGCGGUUUUGAGUUCUCCUGUUUAUUUAUUUAUAUUUGUUUUUUGUUGCUUUAAGACACAGUCUAGUAAAGGAUCUGACUCCAAUGAUGUUUGAGUUGGAAGGAGGGUGGAAUGUCUCUUUUGCCGGUUGUGGGUUUUUGGGGGUGUAUCACGUCGGUGUUGCUAGUUGUUUUCAAGAAAAAGCCCCCUACCUGAUCAGAGAUGCCAACAAAAUCUACGGGGCAUCUGCUGGUGCCCUAACUGCAGCUGCCCUGGUGUGUGGAGCCUGCUUAGCCCAGUGCUGUGCAGAUGUUAUGGAUGUAGCUAAAGAAGCCAGAAAGAGGAACCUGGGCCCCCUGCACCCAACCUUUAACCUGGUAAAGAUUUUACGAAACGGGCUCUACAACAACCUACCCGAGAACGCCCACGAGCUGGCGACGGGGCGGCUCUGCAUCUCCCUCACGCGCGUGUCCGACGGGGAAAACGUCCUGGUGUCUGAGUUCAGCUCCAAGGAGGAGCUUAUCCAGGCACUAAUCUGCAGUUCGUUUGUCCCCAUUUACUGUGGCAUAAUACCACCAUCAUUUCGGGGAGUGCGCUACGUAGAUGGAGGAAUCAGCAACAACCUUCCUCAGUACGAGCUGAAAAACACCAUCACCAUCUCGCCAUUCUCUGGGGAGAGUGACAUCUGUCCAAGAGAUAACUCCAGCAACUUCCAUGAACUGCGAGUUACCAACACCAGCAUCCAGUUCAGCUUAAACAACUUCUACAGACUGACCAGGGCACUCUUUCCUCCUGAGCCCAAGAUACUGGCAGAAAUGUGCCAGCAAGGAUACAAUGAUGCACUUAGAUUCCUGAAGGAGAACAAUCUUUUCAGGCUGCACGCCUCUGUGGUUAGCCUGGCGGAGGUGAAGCUCCCUGGGCCUACCUGCUCUGUUGGGGAGAGGAACAGCCAGGGAAAACGUGUGAGCACUAUACCAACACAAGAGGAGACCACCAAGAACAGAUUACUAAGAGCCUUUAGUUUCUUGCGUAAACGGCACUGGUCUCUAGAUGAACAAUUCAUCGAGAAUCUCCCGCCCGCACUCAGAAAAGCUGUUUUCGAUGCCUGCAAGGAGAAGAAUGGUCUCUAUGCCCAGGUCUCCAACAUGCUGCCCAUCCGUGUGGCAUCCUACAUGCUGCUGCCCUACACACUUCCAGUGGAGUCUGCUUACUCUGUUGCUUUAAGGUUGGUAGAGUGGCUCCCAGACUUUCCUGAUGAUGUGCGAUGGUUACAAGAACAACUGCGGCACAUCGCCGGCUCAGUUUAUCAGCAAGCCGUUCAACGAAUGGGGAAACAGCAGUCGAGCACACCCCCUCUACGGAAAUGCAUGAGCCUCCCUCCCACUCUAAAGAUGGACCAACCCUACCUUGGCCUGGCUGGAUAUCACCAGUUCUCCUCAGUGGACUUGGACAGAUGGUACUGGGACUUCCACAGCCCCCCAGCCCUGCUAACCAAACAAGCCCCCCUCGGCCUGAUCCCCAGCUCCUCACCCAGGCAGAUCUGCUACUUCGCAAGCUCGCAAGACUCUGAGGCCAACACCUGCAAAAAAGACUUCCAAUUUGGCUUCGAUGAAGUGUGAAAAAAACCAGAAAAUUAACUAUAUGCAUUUGUGAUUUUGUUCAUUAUUUACUCAUGGAGAUUCCACAUAUGGUUUCCAUUUGCUCUUUAUUUUAAAGCUAAGGGGACCGAAUGACAAAGAUGUUACAACAUCGAGGAAAUGUUUCCUUCCUGUACACUAAAUCAGAUGAUCAAUUAUUAAACAAUGGAUCUUCAAAGGGUUGGGUCAUUUCAAAGUCUGCAUCCUACUAAAUUUUUUCAUGUACUGGAUUUAGCAAAAGUAUGAACCAUGGCAGCAGAAAAUUCAAAUUUCUCUACUUCAGUUCUGUAUUUAUCAAAUGUAAAAAGCACUAUAUACCCUGAAUUAUUUAAUUUAUUGAUGUACUACAUAAUACUUUAAAAAGGAGGUUUUAACUGCAGUAUCAGAUUUAAAAACAAAGUGCCUUACAUUAAAUGUUUUUGGUUAUUUUUCCAAACCAUUUUUUUAGACCAGAAUUGGGUUAGCAAAGUUAUUGUCUCUAGGAUUUAUAAGCAUUGCACACAAAACUGAGCCUGUAUUGCCUUGAAGUGCAUUUGGUCCAACCAUUCUGUGCACGUGGUGUCCCACUGCCAAGCAAGGUGUGGCAGGAAGCCAACAAGUAAGCCGAUUUGAUUUAGAGGAAGUAAACUUGAGAUACCAAUCCUCUUUAAAAUUAAUUCUGGCUUUAAAAUAUAAAUGGUUUUCCAAAUGCUGCACAAUGUACUGUCCCAGAAUAUUUCACCUACUUAAAUGUAUGCUUUACCCUAAACUUGCACAAUGAAGCAGUAUUUUAUUUUGGUUUAGCUUGUGUAGUAACCUGAAUGGUAUUUUGUCAUACUUGUACUUGCUAGAACCAAAGUCAUUGUAUUUAUCUUGCUCUUAAUUGUAUUAUUAAUUGUACUGUGAUUCUUGAAAUGUAUUUCUGUUUACGACUGGAAGUCGCCCUGGACAAGGGCGUCUGCUAAGAAAUAAAUAAUAAUAAUAAUAUAAUAAUAAUAAUAAUAAUAAUAAUAAUAAUAAUAAUAAUUCCCAUUGUAGUAUCCUGCUUGUUCUCAGUUGCAUAGAGGAGCAAGAAAUAAAAAUACAAUUUCACCAGGAUCACUGUUUUCUGGUUCAACCUGGACAAUCAUUUCAACUGCUGCUAAUUUUUUUUAAAUGUGUCAUAUUUACAAAGUGUGUUUUGUGUGUAUAUAAUAAAUUAUAGAGAGAAUUGUUAUAUUAUAGAUAGAUAGAUAGAUGUGUCCUAUAUCUAAGGUUAAGACAAGAUUGGUGUAAACUUAUUUUAAAGAAAAAUUGUGUAGAUUUGAUUUGGAAAGAAUUUAACAAUGCUUUAAUUUUUCUGCAGAAUAAAUACUCUAUUGCAACAAAAGUAUUUUUAAUGUCUGUUAACGGGGUGGGGUGGGACAUCCUUAUCUUUUGAAAAGCUGUUUAGUUUACUCUUGAAAAACUUUUUACUGUAAUAUGGUAAGAACUAAACUAAUGCUGUCCAGCUAAUAUAAAGAAAUGUUGAAAGAA